CACCUCCAGGAAGGAGUUCCUCUGAUGCUUCGAAGAUAAAUUCCUGCAUCUCUUAUCUUGUCUUAUCGCCAUCUUCAUCUGCCCCCCCCUCCUCUGCGCAACUGAGCCGAACUGGACCCGCUGGAUGGCUGCUGCACUUCACGAACCGGUGUGAAGAUUUUCCUCAUUUAUCUCCCCCCUUUUCCAACCUCCCUCCCCAUCCUCCUCAGCUUCCUCUGAGCCUGAACCCAAACGGAGCAGCAGCAGUAACAAUGGCAGACCAGGUGAGCCAAGAGUCCUGCCCCGUCCCAGAAGCCACCGUGGUGGAUCCGUGCCCGGCCACGGCGCGGAACGGCCAGUGCGCGGCGGAUGGCUUCAGCAGCCACCCCCAGCAGCAGGCAAAGACCCCCACAGAGCCCGAGACGUUCACAGGCAACCAGGAGAUGAAGAUGACUGACAAUGUGGACGGAGAAGGUCUCCUGGAGAGCAGCAUGCGCCUGAAGCCCCAUGAGGCCCAGAACUACAGGAAGAAGGCUCUCUGGGUGUCCUGGAUCUCCAUCGUGGUCACCCUCAUAUUGGCUGUGGCAGCUUUCACCGUUUCCUUCAUGAGACACAGCGCGUCAGCUUUUGGAUUUGCAUUUGACGCCACGCUGGACGUCAUGUCGUCCGCCAUCGUCUUAUGGCGCUACAGCAACGCGGCAGCUGUGCACUCUGCGCACAGAGAGUACAUAGCAUGUGUCGUCCUGGGGAUUGUGUUUGUUCUUUCCUCCCUGUGCAUUCUUGGAAAAGCCAUUCAUGAUCUGGCUACAAAGAUGCCUCCAGAAGUGGAUGACUUCCUCUUCAGCGUGUCCAUAGUGAGUGGGCUUACUUGUGCCGUGCUGGCUGUGGCCAAGUUCAUGCUGGGAAAAAAACUGACCAGUCGGGCUCUCAUCACUGAUGGCUUUAACUCUCUGGUUGGAGCCAUCAUGGGAUUCUCAAUUCUCAUCAGCGCUGAAGUCUUCAAGCAGCACCCUGACGUCUGGUUCCUGGAUGGAACCAUCGGGGUUCUGAUUGGACUCAUCAUUUUGGCAUAUGGAGUCAAGCUCCUGAAAGACAUGGUACCACGGAUCAGACAGACGAGGAACUACGAACGCUUCGAGUAAAAGAGCCAAAACCUGAACGGAUGAGCAGUUUUAGUCAAACACAGACACCCAAACACACACCUGGGUGCCUCCUCCUCUUCUCUCUAGUCUUUCAUAUGCUUUUACAUAACCUGUAGAUUCACAAGCAGCACACACACACACACCCAUACAAAUUUGUGAAUAUAUGUGCACAUAUGCUGUACUUACUAUACAUUCAUAAAUUCAUACACGCACACAUCUGAGAGACAUUACAGAAAACCAUCUCCUACAAAGGAAACACCUCAGUUAGAAAUACAUCUUCUUUGUCCAUUAAUAUUUUAUCUUGUCUAUACCCUAAAUAAAAAACACACCCCAAGUAAAUGUAAGGCAGGAUAUAUAAAACCAAAAAAAUGGGCAAAUGGGCAACUCAGGCGGGCAGAAAUAAAAGCUGUUUACAAGUGGACUGUUUGAUCAGUCACUUUAAAAUCAAAGUUCAUCUGAAAUUAAAUGUAACAUGAGAAGUGAAUGAGAUGUGAUGUUUAUCGUCAUCACUGGAUGUUGCCAUACGAUGAUGAAAUUUGUGCUCCGCAUUUGACCCGUCAAACAUGAGUUAUAUACAAGUUGAGCAGUGGGAAGCUAUUCAAGCAUGCGGAGAGCAGUUGAGAAAUAAAGUGUCCAGCUCAAGGACACCACAACUUAUGGGCAUGGCAAAAAAAUCAAACCUGCGACUUCCCAGUCCCAAGUCGGCUGCCCUACCAGC